AUGUAUGUUGAAGGUUUGGAAUUUGAUUUGGAACAGGUUAUGAAAGAGGGUUUGUAUGGGAGUGUGGAUCGAGUCCUAGAGAUUCAAGAAUUUGGUUAUGGGGUGAAUAAGCUUUAUGAUGUAUAUUUAGCUACCGGUAAACUUUUGAGUCCUUGUGAGGCCAAGGACUUGAUCCAAGCUGGGAGAAGUUUGGAAAACGUGUAUGAGAUCAAUGUAGAUCAUGAUUUGGUGGUAGUAACACCUAGAUUUAAGGUAUCCAUAUUAACCCUUCAGUUAUGUUUAUUUUGCAAGUUUAGUCCCAUAAUGGCAAUUCAGUAA